CAAAAACUUAAAUGUAGCCGUAGGUAAUGGGUAUUUGAUUUUUCCAAUCAAAUAAAAUAAAAUUCGCAAUCGCAAGGUGUGACUGAGAAACCAAUGUGAAAGAGUUUUUAUUUUCUCUAUAGCGCUUUAUAGUGACUUUUUGGGUGUUUCUUCAUAAUUAAAUUAAAUAAAAUAAAAUUGAAGAGAGGUAGAUAAAGCAUUUGUUGUUGCAGUGACUCAAGCAUGGCAUCGUCUUCAUUCUCAAAUCAAUUGCUUCAAUGUCAAAACCACUCACUUCCAUCUCUUUCUCUUCUCAAGGGUAAUUUUAGCCAAGAUGUCUCUAUGGUUCGAAGGUCAUGUACCCUAUCAAAGAUUAGUUACACUAAAUCAUUCUCAUUAACAUCAAAUUGUGCCUUGAGGUUUUCACCAACGCAACAAUCUGGUGCAAGGUCAAUUGGAUUUAGAAAACUCACUUGUAAAGCUGCCGCUGAAAAUGUUCAAGAGCUGCAAGCCAAAGUGACUACCAAAUGUUUCUUUGAUGUAGAAGUUGGGGGUGAAUCUGUUGGCAGGAUUGUUUUGGGCUUGUUUGGAGAAGAUGUUCCUAAAACAGUUGAAAACUUCCGCGCUUUGUGCACAGGAGAGAAAGGAUAUGGUUACAAAGGAUCCUCCUUCCAUCGUAUAAUCAAAGAAUUCAUGAUUCAAGGAGGGGACUUCACUGAGGGAAAUGGAACCGGUGGAGUUAGUAUCUAUGGUUCUAGUUUUGAAGAUGAGAGUUUUGACUUGAAGCAUGUUGGUCCUGGAGUUUUGAGCAUGGCAAAUGCCGGUCCUAAUACCAAUGGUAGUCAAUUUUUUAUUUGCACUAUAAAGACUCCUUGGUUAGACAAUCGUCAUGUUGUAUUUGGACAUGUGAUUGAUGGAAUGGAUGUUGUGAGGACACUUGAGUCUCAGGAAACAAGCAGGUUAGAUAUCCCUAGAAAGCCUUGCAGAAUUGUUAAUUGCGGAGAACUGCCUAUAGAUGGUUGAUAAUACUACUUAUAUAUGCGGGAGUGCAUCACAUGUUUCUGAUGGAGUACAAUUUUCAAUCUUUUGAAUGUGCCCUAUUAAUCAUGUUAAAAAGUUUGAAUUAUCAUCAGUUGCUGCUGAAUGGGUUGUUAUUUGGAGAAACAGCAGAGUUACAACACCCAUAUUUUGUAUUACUAGACUAUUGUUAAAUCCUUAUAACUAUAACAUUGUCUUUAAAAACUUUUCCAGUUCUUUAUUCUUUUCUGCUCUUAUUAUUUGCAUUUUCAUGAUUCA